AGCAAGCUUGAGAUCUCGAUCGCCAUGGAGCUCUCGUUGACCUCGUCCCUUGCCAUCCUCCCCUUGCUCCUCCUACCUCUCCUCUGCUUCCUCUGCCUACGCUGGCAGACCAGAAAGCAGCCUCGUGCUGAUGGCCUCAAGGCCUACCCUGUAGUUGGCACGCUCCCACACUUCGUCAAGAACCAGCACCGCCUCGUCGAGUGGUCGGCCGGCAUUAUUGCCCGUUGCCCCACGCACACAAUGUCCUUCAACUUCAAGGGCCUCGGUCUCAUGGCUGGCGCCAUCACUGCCAAUCCGGCGAAUGUGGAAUAUGUCAUGAAGACCAACUUCCAGAACUAUCCCAAGGGAGACUUCGUGGUGUCUGUCAUCGAGGACUUCCUCGGCCAUGGCAUCUUCAACUCCGACGGCGACCAGUGGCUUUGGCAGCGCAAGGCCUCCAGCUAUGAGUUCAGCAAGCGGUCGCUGAGAAAUUUCGUGGUCAGCACUGUCCGAUUCGAGGUUGUUGAGAGGCUGCUGCCGCUGCUUUCCCAGGCAGAGCAGGACGGCCGGACACUGGAUGUGCAGGAUGUUCUUGAACGAUUCGCGUUCGACAACAUCUGCUGUGUUGCCUUUGACGAGGACCCAGCGUGCCUCACGGAGGAGGGCCUGGGGGUGAAUGGGCGUGCAGAGUUCAUGCACGCCUUAACCGACGCGCAGAACAUAGUCAUGGCCAGGUUCAUGUCGCCAAUCAAGUCGGCAUGGCGAAUCAAGAAGCUACUCAACAUAGAGCCUGAGAGACGGAUGCACGAGGCGCUCGCCACGAUCCACGGAUAUGUCGACAGGAUUGUCCGUGAGCGCAGCGAGAGGGGAGCAGCUGGGUUGGCGCGCAAAGACGACUUCCUGUCGCGCUUCGCCUCAAGUGGUGAGCACAGCAACGAGAGCCUCCGGGAUGUGGUCACCAACUUUAUCCUAGCCGGGAGGGACACGACCUCAUCUGCGCUCACUUGGUUCUUCUGGCUGCUAUCCAGCCGGCCAGACGUGGAGGAAAAGAUCGUACGCGAGAUUUGCACAGUGCGGGCAUCCAGCAGGAGCACGGAUGCGGCAUUCAGCUUUAGCGAGCUGCGCAAGAUGAACUACCUGCAAGCUGCAAUCACAGAGUCCAUGCGGCUGUACCCUCCUGUGGCCAUGGACUCGCGCUGCUGCCAGCACGAUGAUGUACUGCCUGACGGCACGUUUGUGGGCAAAGGGUGGCAGGUCUCCUACAGCGCGUACGCCAUGGCACGAUUAGAGGAGAUAUGGGGCAAUGACUGUCAGGAGUACCGACCAGAACGGUGGCUAGAUGCAGAGGGCAUGUUCCAACCAGAGAGCACGUCCAAGUACCCGAUCUUCCACGGCGGUCCGAGGAUGUGCCUCGGCAAGGAGAUGGCCUACAUACAAAUGAAGUCCAUCGUAGCGUGCGUGUUCGAGAGGUUCAGCUUCCAGUUUGUUGGUGGCGAGAGCCGGCCAGGGCUUGUGUUCUCAGUGACAUUAAGGAUGGAGGGUGGCUUGCCAAUGCAAGUGAAGAAAAGGGAGCAGUAAUCUUAUUCUUUCUGGUUUUAGGCAUGUUCCCUUUGCCUACAGGAUAGCAAAGGUGAUGCAGGUAUGUUCCUCCAAAGAAGCAAGUAUUCCUCAAAACUGUUAGAUGUAGGUAAGCACAAAUUAUGUCCUACCACAUGCAUGUGCUUUGGUGAUAUAUAGGAUUUGGUUCCUAGGAGUUGAGAGUGCUGCGCUCAAGAUAGUAUGAUCUCACAAAACAACAUCAUAUUAAAGACCGUUGAGAAUUUGAUUCA